AUGGACAACAGGCCUGCUUCCGAGUACGCGCAGUCAGACCAGGCAUCUGCUGCUGCCACUGCUCAGUAUACUCCCCAGCCUGAGUCUCGCCCCAACCCUCAGUACACUCCCCAGCCUGAGGUGCGGCCUGGCACUUCCUCCAACACGCCCCAGUCCGACUACGCUCUGAACCAGCCGCCUCCCGCUGCGCGCUCUCCUUAUCCCGAAUACUUGGCCCGUCCGCCUCAAUACCAUCACGCGCCGAACUCCCAACCUGGAGGUGCGGCAGGUAUGGCUCAAGCAACAAGUCCGUCCAUACACACCCUCAAUGAUGGGCACCAAAAUGGCCAUCGCAAUCACUCGAACAUAAAGUCUGACCCGGGCGUUGUUCCUAUAGAUCCCUCGAUUGCGGCCUCUAGCCCAACCUAUCCUCCUCCCUAUUCGCCCUACCAGCCUCAGGGCCAUGACAUGGCCCAGUACCAGGGCCACCCCCCUCCUCCGCCCCCUCAGAUGUAUGCGCGCCCAGACUGGUCGCAUGGGUAUCCGCAACACCAGCAUGGUCUGCCAGGACCCUACAGCUCCCCUGCCACAACGGUUGGUCCCGCCUCCCCUGCUGCGACCGCAGGGCCGCGCCCUGGCCAGGUUUACUCGUUCGUCCCAAUUCCCGGUGCUCAGCAGCACAAGCGCCCUCGCCGCCGAUAUGAGGAGAUUGAACGCAUGUACAAGUGUGGGUGGAAUGGCUGCGAAAAGGCAUACGGCACUCUGAAUCACCUGAAUGCUCACGUUACUAUGCAAUCACACGGAGCGAAGCGAACUCCCGAAGAAUUCAAGGAAAUUCGCAAGGAGUGGAAGGCCCGCAAGAAGGAGGAGGAAGCCCAACGCAAGGUCGCUGAGGAGCGCGAACGCGCCGCCGCCGCCGCGGCGGCUCAAAGCCAGAUUGAUGCUUCUGGCGCCGGAGACCCUUCACAAGCCGGUCAGCCUCCUUCGUAUCCUGGCGGUGUCCGACCCCAACUACCCCCGAUCGGCUACCAGCCUGCUGAAGGCCAGGUCCCUGGUCAAUACGGCGCUGGUGCUGGUGGGAUGGUCUACCAGGGCAACGGGCAAGUGGGAUACCCUCCAAACUACCCCCACUCGCCUUAUGGGCAGGGCGGUCAAGUGUAUCAGCAACGUAAGUAG